AUGGCACUGGAAACGCUCCUUUCCUUGCCCCCCGUGGCCCUCACGGCGGGCGUGGGAGGUCUCGUACUGGCGUACUGGCUCUCAACGUAUGCCUACCUCUACUGGUUCCAUCCGCUUUCCAAAUACCCUGGUCCGCCGCUGGCAGCAGUCUCUGAGCUCUGGUAUGCGUCGGCCUGGACGGGCGGCUUCUGGAAUCGCAAGAUCCAGGACGCCCACCAGCGAUACGGCGACAUUGUGCGCAUCGCACCCAACGAGCUCUCGUUCGCAACGGCCCAGGCCUUUCGCGACAUCUACGGCGCCCCCUCGAAGACGCGCAAGCUGUUUCCCAAGUCCGAUCGCUUCUACGACAACGGCCACCCGAACAUCGCCUUCGUGCUCGACCCAGAGGAGCACGCCCGCCAGCACCGCAUGUUCGCACCGCAGUUCCGUCCCUCGGCCAUCCGCACGCAGGAGCCCAUCAUCCACGACCAUGUCGACCUCUGGGUGAACCAGAUCACAGCCCGCGGCACCGGCGGGACCGUCCCUCUCGAUGUGUCCAAGUGGUUCGAGUGGUUGACGUUUGAUAUCAUCGGGGAGCUCACCUUUGGCGAGUCGUUCUAUGCGACCCGGGAUAAUAAGAGCCACCCAUGGGUGUCUAUCCUCCUGGAUGCUACUUACAGCGGCUCCAUCUUCAACCUGCGUAAGCGUCUGGCCUUUGUAGGUCCGCUGCUGCGUUGGAUGCCCUACAUCUCAGCGACCGCUCGCGCAGCUGUCGAGUCCAUCGCCCAGCACGGCGCCAUGACACUCGCAAAGACACGCAAGCGAAUUGAAGUAGGACCAGCACACAGUAACGGCACUGGCAGCCGCGUCGCUGUCGAUGAUUUCCUCGAGCACGCGAUUCGCGGCGGCGGCAUGUCGGACACAGAGCUCGCCAACCAGGCGAUGGUGAUGCUGACUGCCGGCGCAGAGACCAGCGCGACAGCAUUGACAGCGGCAUUAUGGUAUCUAUCGCAGAAGGCUCACUCCCACUGCCUGGAGCGACUCAAGACGGAGGUGCGGACUGCCUUUGCCAGCCCGUCCGAUGCCACCGGUGAUGCGACCGCGCGUCUCCCAUACCUCAAUGCGGUCCUGGAGGAGACGAUGCGGCUGUUCCCUCCCUCUCCAGUCGGUCCCCCACGCGUCAGUCCCCCUGGCGGCGAAACCGUCGAUGGUACCUUUGUCCCCGGCGGCGUGUACGUGUCCACCGACGUAUGGGCCAUCCACCAUGAUGCACGCACUGUCGGAGAGCGCCCGGACAGUUUCGAGCCGGAGAGAUGGUGCGAUGGCCCUACAAAGCCUUAUACAGUGCCCUUUAGUAUCGGACCGCGAAUGUGCAUCGGAGUCACCCUCGCGUGGGUCGAGAUGCGCAUCGCCCUGGCCAAGACGGUGCUCGCGUUUGACUGGGAGCUGGCGGAUGGCAACGGAGAUUGGGUUGACGAGGCCAGGCUCAAGCAGCUGUGGAAGAAGGCGCCGUUGAUGCUGCACUUCCGGCCAGUGGCGAGGCAGUGA